AGUGAGCUGCUUAACUGAAUUUGGAUUCUUAAUAACUGAACCUGCAUUAGAUUGGAACUCAAAACUGUCCAAAGCUCAUUCUUUUUCUUCAACAAUGUUCAGUUCUAUAGUCAAAUUCAGCUCCUCUUCUUCCAGCUUCAGCUUCAAUCUUGGGUUAUUACUGUUUUUUUAAUAAUGUCUUCCAGUUCCUCCGUGCUUGAAUGAUCACACCCAUACAUCCCCUCGUGUUACACCCUAGCUGUUAACUAAAUGAGCUGCACACUGUUCAGGUGGGGUGCGUUUGAACAAGGUACUCGUGGUAUAAAUUAAACACAGGUACUCUCCCAAAGCGCUCGAACGGCAGGAGUACGCCCCGUGGAUAUGGAUCAGCGAGAAAGGCGGACGCGCCACCAUUUGCAAGCUCGAACUGGAUGAUCGCUGAUCUUGUGCGUUAACUACCGGUUCCAUGGGUCCAUGUAAAAGGGAGGGAAUGACUGGGGACUGACAGCAUGGAUGAGUCUGGGAUCUCUAACAAGCUGUUUGAUGACCUGACACCUCAAGCUGAGAUCUUCCGCUCCAAGCUCAUCGAGGACUUCCACCUCCUGGACAGCCUCGAUGUACAGGGACAGUCAGAUGCACCCAAAUACUACUCCAAAGAUCUUGCUGAUACAUUGCAUCUGCAGAAGAUGAUGCUGGACAACCCAGCUGGACUGGUCAAGUUUCAGGUCUACUCCAGUAAGGCUGAGGUCAGUAAGGUCAGCAAGGCUGACCGUCGCAAGAACCGGGUCCGCAACAAGAACUCCAAGAACCCGCCGCUCAAUAUGUGGGCACAUUUUGUCCUGGAGAGUUCCGUCUUUCAGAACUUUAUGCUGCUUCUGAUUCUUGCAAAUUCCAUUGCCUUGGGUAUACAAUCAGAGGUGUCAGGAAAUGGUAGCCCAAGUCUGGCAGGCCUGAAGCAGGCCCUGGACAUCUUCGACUACUGUUCUCUGUUUCUGUUCAUGGUGGAGAUCAUCUUAAAGUGGAUAGAUGACUUCAUCUCUUUCUGGAAGAAUGGCUGGAACAUCUUUGAUUUCUUUGUGACAGUAGGGUCAUUUGUCCCCGAGAUCAUCGUGCUCACUGUUGGAGACCUGAAGGAGCUGCGAGUCAUUGUGAGUAAUCUCCGAGUCUUCCGCAUCCUGCGCUCACUCAAGAUGGUGUCUCGCUUCCAGCAAGCGAGACUGAUUGCUCUGGCUAUCACCAAGGCCUUCAAGGCGAUGACGUUUAUCAUGCUGCUGCUUCUCUUGUUCGCUUACAUCUUUGCCAUCGCAGGGGUCAUUUUCUUUGACAGCUACACCAGAUCCGAUCGGGAAGAUCUGCAGUAUAAGGACAGCUUCAGCACUAUUACCCGUGCACUGAUCACACUGUUCCAGCUCUUCACAUUGGACCAAUGGUACAAGGUCCUGAUGGACAUGUGGAAGGUUGCCGACCGCUUCUUCACCACCUUUUACCUCAUGCUGUGGAUUUGCAUUGGUUCCUUCAUCUUCCGCAACAUCUUUGUUGGGAUAAUGGUCAACAAUUUUCAGUCCAUCCGGAAUGACCUUUUUGAUGAGGUGAAAGGUCAUGAAGAGACCAGGCAGAUUGCACGUAAUGCUGAAAAGUUCAAUGAAGAGCUGACAAAGCAAGACCAGAAGCUGAAGGCAAGACGCAUGACGAUCAUUGCCAAUCAGCAGUUGCUUGCUGAAGCAGCCCAGGCAGGCAGACAGGAACAACCUCACGGCUCAACCAGAACAGAUGAUAUCAGUACAUUUGGUGCAGAGACUGAUAGAAGAUCUUCGGAAGACUCCAUUGGCAGUGACAGCAUCCAGGAGCAGAUCUCUAAAGGUUCUGUCCCAGAUAUACAGAGACGAAUCAGUCAGUUUCAGGUGGAGGAAGAACAGUCAUCAGCAAAUUGGGAGCAACUCGUCCAUGAUAACUUGCAGCUCUUGGUGAAGAACCCAACUGAGACUCUGUGGCCCCGGGAUACAAUGUUCCGAUACUUACAGCUGAUGGAGUCCCUGCAAGAGAACCUACAAGAGAGGCAGGACAUCCUGGACCUCUCCUAUCAUGCACUGCUCCAAAUAUUUGACUCCUAGCAACCACGAUGCCAAUGAUGACAAAAAUAGUCAAAGCUGCAUCAAACCGUGUACAUGCAUGUAUACUUAAGCACCACCGUAUUAGGGUUGCCAUUUUACUUUUUAGUACACAGUCAAUGAUGCUUUUGUAAAAGGAUGAAAUUAAAUUGGGUUGAUUGAUGCAUUUAAAUUGGGAUUCAUUUAUAUCUGGGUCAGGGUUGCAGUCGAAUUGUAUCUCCUAUUCACCCUUUAGCCCUAGAGUGCAUGAAAAUUUCUAUUAACCCUAACCCCCUUGGGUGUAUGUAAAAUCAUAUUGAAAUUGGAGGAUUUGGGACUGUUAGGGUUAAAAGAGACAAUUCUGUAAUUAUUUUAAACAAGAAAAAGUCCUCUGAUUUGAAUCUUUAUUUAGCCUGUGUGUUCUGUGAACUUACUCGUAUUAUGUUAUUGUAACUUAGAAUAUAGGAUUUCAACAGACAAAUGUUUCAAUUUUCCCACUUGUUCAAGAAGUUCAUGAAAUUUGUGUAGGUUUUUAAAAUUUUAUGCUUAACCCGUUGUAUCUUGUCCAAGCGUCUUCCCAAACUUGAUGUCUCGACACAGAGAGUAGAGAUCUAGAAUAGGCUGUAUUUUCAUUCACAGUACAGCCACAACUUGUUUUAUUUUUAGUGUUGCCGGUACUUUCAAGAAACAUUGAUUGGAACUUCAACAAAUAUACCAUUUUGACCUGCAGGAGUAGACAUGCUUAUUAUUUUGAAAAUAAUUUGUGUAAAAAAUUUAUUUGCAUAAUACAUUUCCCACAAUAACCUCUUUGAUGUGCCAUCUCUGGCACCAGGCUACAUGUAGAUCAAUUUUGACACAAGCUGACCAAAAGGUUGAAGCACCACAGGGAUGGGGCACAGAAAGCAGAGGAUCUGUUACUUUCCAUGUACAUGUAGCUCUGAGGGCAAAUUUGGCAGGACUGAAAUUAUAGACAAAUUGCUUAAAUCCGCUAGAGACUGUUACUUCCUUAACCUGACUUAACUGGUACUAAAGAUGUCACAGAUGUGGAAUUGUUUACGCUCUUGUGUGUAUCAUCUUAUUACAUUUCAGAGAACACGGGUGAGGGAUUGUUUUUGACCCCGAUUUCCAGCAUGCUGACAAACUUUAAGUGAUGAUUGCAUAACACUUCACAGUUCUGAAAAAAGGCUCGUCCUGUUAUUGGCUGUCUGUGAAAACCUAUCCUUCCAAUGCCCCAUUGUACAUGCGUGUCCUAUUCAUGCCUGCAUGCACGCUUUCCAUUAUAUUCCCAACAACAUAAUGUCUUGUGUGAAACCUUUCUGCUGGUACACCUUGGCAACUGGAAAUACAUGUACUCUCCAUGUGACACCGAUGGAGAAAAGUACAAAAAAAUUUUUGAUUUCCUGAAGACUCAUCUUCGUCUAAGUUAUGUCUCUACACACAGCAUCGAGUUACAUGCUGUAACUCGAAUGACAGCUAUUGCAUUAAUCAGUGCAAUGAAAAGAAAAAUGCAGUGACCUGUAAGCAUGCUGCCAUCAUGUGUUCAGAUUUGGUGUGCGUUCUAUUUGAUUUAUCAAACUGAUCCUUCUGAUGAUGCCAAACAAAAUGUCAAGUAACAUAUUAGAUACACUGCAGAGUGUGCUUUCACAUGAGCAGUAUGCUUUAAAAUCAAACCAGUUAUGAAGUGGGGGUGUUAUUCAUAUCAAACAGUGCAACUUCUUAAAACCUGCAUUCCAAGGCAUACAGAAAAACUCAAAAACCAAAUCACCCCAGUCCAAAACAAAUCCAUCACUUGUCAAUAAAGCUAAUGUUGCUUUCAUAGUUGAAAUUUUUCAAACAAUAUACACGUAUGCAUUGUAAAUAGUACACUUUAUAUAUGCAGAUAUACAUGGUAUACAUCCAUCGCUGUGCAGGCAAGGGUGCAAAUGUUGCACAUGACAUUCCAUCAGUAUUUACAGUGAAAUCUUACAAUAACUACAAUAUACAUGUGCCUACAAAAAUAGAUAAAAUGUGGGAUUUAAGCAAGGGAAUACAGCUGAAAUUGCACAGAAUGCAUCCAAAGACCGGGAAAUUGACAUCAAUUUUGUAAAAAAGGAAACGUAAAACCAAAAAAGCAUACAGUACCUCCUGCAUCCGUCAUCCUUUGGCAUCAAUCAACAUUGGUUCUUAUACACAAUAAAAAUGAAAUAGACUUAUAAGUCAUUUUACAUGUUCUUUAUAGUUUUGAACAGGAGACCAGCUAUUGAGGUUACUUCAGAAAGAAAUUGAUGAAAUUUGUUUCUAAUCUACAAUUUUUUUUGUUGUACAAAGUUUAUUAUAGAAAUAACUAUACAAUCUGAUAUAUCUGAUUACUUUUAUUGCAAGUUGUUACACUGAUGCAAUUGUAGUUUGGCCAGUUUAGUUUUGUUUAAUAAACAUUGUUUAUUCCACAUCUGUGCCUUGUCUUUUUGCUUCCAAAAUGUGAGUACAUGAUAUGAAAAGUCACUUCGGGGAUGUCAAGUUUCUUACAUGUAAACAAAGCAAUAAAAUGAAUUUCACCCAAGGUUUGAUUAAAUAAGAGUAGUAAAAGACUAGGUUCUUGAGCCUCAGGUGUGGAGAAAGUGUUUCAGGGCGGGGGAGGGCUUUAGGAAUUCCCCAUAAAGUAAAAUCUUCUUAAUUUAAGUAAAUACCUCGUGGGUAUGCUGAGGUACAUGUAAGUGGCCACCAAAAAAUAUCGCUGAUUGCUGAGGAGGUAUGCGGGUCCUAAAAAAGAAGGUUAUGUUACCUCCUUCCAAGUAAUUUAAGGAAUUGUAUACUUUUAAUAGUGCACAUGUACCAUUGAGCUUGUGACAGCAAGCUUGUAAGGUGGUUUUUUUUAUGGGGGGGGGUUCAGCUCUCAGGCAGCACCAAUAAUUGAGUGGCACUGUUCAGGGGCAAAAUUUAGUACAAGGGGUGCGAAAAAAUCAAGUGGGAUUCAAAUCCACAGCUUCCUGAUUACUAAUGCAGACGUCUUAACCAUUUGUCACCCAAGUUUGCCGGGAUCAGGUGACUGGCUGGAAUCCACUGCA